AUGAGUGCUCCAGCAUCCCUGCGGUCAGCCCUACGGCCGUGUUAUGGGGCGUCUAUGGCUCGCGCGGGGAAAUCAUGCCUUCCGGUAACAUCAACAUUUUUCGCGUCGCUAAACAAACGCCCGUCCGUUUGCCGGCCACAAUGGCCCUCCGUUUCCAAACGAACCGCUACAACCUCCCUUGCCUCAUCCCCCUCCGAGCCUGUGUCUAACACCCCCUACUCAGUCUUGACUGUUGGAGUCCCGCUGGAAAUUUUUCCGGGCGAGCGCCGGGUGGCACUCACGCCACAGAAUGUUGCCCUUCUGUUGAAAAAGGGAGUUUCCCGCGUGCUCAUCGAACGCGGUGCAGGCGAGCGCGCUCAGUUACUGGACCAUGCCUACGAAAAGGCCGGUGCGACAAUGGUCGACCGGGAUGCAAUCUGGUCUCAGAGUGACAUCGUGUUGAAGGUCCGCAGCCCGCGGUCGGAGGGACCAUUCAAUGAAAUUCAGGCUUUACGCAAAGGCUCGACCGUGAUCUCUUUCAUCUAUCCCCUCCAGAACCAGCCCCUCGUCGAAGCACUUGCAGCCCGUGGCGUGACCUCCUUUGCGAUGGAUCGCAUUCCGCGAAUCACUCGUGCGCAGACUUUCGAUGCCCUUAGCUCCAUGGCCAACAUUGCAGGUUACAAGGCGGUACUGGAGGCUUCUAAUCACUUCGGUCGCUUCUUGACUGGCCAGGUCACUGCCGCUGGAAAAAUUCCUCCCAGUAAAAUUCUCGUUAUUGGUGCUGGUGUAGCUGGGUUGAGCGCAAUCGCGUCUGCACGUCGCAUGGGUGCUAUUGUUCGUGGCUUUGAUACCCGCCCGGCUGUGCGAGAGCAAGUCCAGUCUUUAGGCGCCGAGUUUGUCGAGGUUGCUUUCCAGGAAGAUGGAUCUGGUCAGGGUGGAUAUGCCAAAGAAAUGUCCAAGGAAUUCAUCGAAGCUGAAAUGAAAUUGUUCAUGGAGCAAGCUAAGGAGGUUGAUAUCAUCAUCACCACGGCCCUGAUCCCAGGCCGACCUGCGCCGAAGCUCAUUACUAAGGAAAUGAUUGCUGCAAUGAAACCAGGCUCUGUCAUCGUUGAUCUUGCUGCUGAGGCAGGUGGGAAUUGCGAAGCUACUGUUCCCGGGGAAUUGAGUAGCUACAAGGAUGUCACCAUCAUCGGCUACACGGAUCUUCCUUCGCGUCUCCCUACCCAGUCUUCAACGUUGUACUCGAACAAUAUUACCAAGUACCUUCUCUCCAUGUCUCCCCAGGAGAAGUUGUUUGGAAUAGACUUUAAUGAUGAAGUUGUGCGCGGCUCUAUCGUGACUCAUAAUGGCGAAAUAAUCCCCCCUGCUGCUCCACCCGCUCCACCUCCAACCCCAAAGCCAGAGGCACAAGCUGUCAGGGCAAAGGAGGAAGUCGCUUUGACGCCGUGGCAAAAGGCAACACGCGAUGUGACAGCGGUAACAGGCGCAAUGGGCACGACCCUAGCCCUGGGAAAGGCAGCUGGUCCAGUCUUUAUGGGCAACAUGAUGACCUUCGGACUUGCUGGUCUGGUCGGCUAUCGCGCUGUGUGGGGAGUAGCACCUGCACUCCACUCGCCGCUCAUGAGCGUUACCAACGCCAUUUCUGGCAUGGUAGGCAUUGGUGGACUGUUCAUUAUGGGAGGAGGCUAUGUGCCGACUACUAUCCCGGAAUAUUUCGGUGCUGUCUCCGUGUUUUUGGCUUUCCUGAACAUCUCCGGCGGCUUUGUGGUCACGAAGCGCAUGCUGGACAUGUUCAAGCGUCCAACCGACCCUCCCGAGUACCCAUGGCUGUACGCUGUCCCCGCUGUGGUGUUUGGUGGUGGCUUCAUUGCGGCUGCCAGCACUGGCAUGUCCGGCCUGGUCCAAGCUGGAUAUCUCGUCAGCACGAUGCUAUGCAUGGGCUCAAUCUCUAGUCUGGCAUCGCAGCAAACAGCCCGGCGCGGCAACAUUUUCGGCAUCCUGGGAGUAGCCUCCGGUAUUCUGGCCUCACUAGCUGCGGUAGGCUUCUCUCCUGAGACCCUCGCGCAGUUCACGGCUGUUGCUGGAACAGGUGCCUUGAUCGGAGGAUUGAUGGGCCGUCGCAUCACACCAACCGGUCUUCCCCAAACCGUCGCUGCUCUUCACUCGGUAGUAGGAUUGGCUGCGGUUUUGACUAGCGCCGGAAGUGUGAUGGCCGAUGUUGGUGACAUCACAACUCUACACCUGACAACAGCAUACCUGGGUGUUCUGAUUGGUGGUAUCACCUUUACCGGCUCGAUCGUCGCUUUUCUGAAACUGGCAGGGCGUAUGUCUUCCAAGCCGACGAUUCUGCCCGGCCGACACGUUCUCAAUUCGACACUGUUGGGCAGUAACAUGGCAACAAUGGGAGCGUUCAUUACACUGGCGCCAGGAAGCCCUGCAAUUGCUGCUAUCUGUCUGGGAACAAGCACCGUCCUUAGUUUCCUGAAGGGCUACACCACGACCGCAGCUAUCGGUGGGGCCGAUAUGCCCGUGGUCAUCACGGUGUUGAACGCUUAUUCCGGAUUCGCCCUCGUGGCUGAAGGUCUGAUGCUCGACAAUCCACUUCUCACCAGUGUCGGAUCUCUGAUCGGUGUCAGCGGCUCCAUUCUUUCAUACAUCAUGUGCGUUAAUAUGAACCGGUCGCUGACAAACGUCCUAUUCGGUGGAAUCUCGACUCCAGCUGCGCAAACCCAGAAGAAGAUCGAGGGCGAGAUCAAGCAAACUAGCAUCGAUGACACCGUAGAAGCUUUAUCUGGCGCGGAGAAUGUCAUCAUUGUGGUUGGCUAUGGUAUGGCUGUUGCCAAAGCCCAGUAUGCUCUUUCGGAGAUUGUUGGCUUGCUGCGUGCGCGUGGCGUCAAGGUUCGCUUCGCCAUUCACCCUGUUGCUGGCCGAAUGCCCGGCCAAUGUAAUGUGCUGCUUGCAGAGGCCUCUGUGCCUUACGACAUCGUCUUGGAGAUGGAGGAGAUCAACGAGGACUUCUCAGACACAGAUGUCACCCUCGUGAUUGGCGCCAACGAUACCGUUAACCCUAUCGCCAUGGAGCCCGACUCCGCUAUCUCCGGCAUGCCUGUCCUCCAUGCAUGGAAGAGCAAGGAGGUUAUUGUAAUGAAGCGGGGGAUGUCCAGCGGAUAUGCUGACGUUCCAAACCCCAUGUUCUUUAUGCCCGGAACUCGGAUGCUAUUUGGCGAUGCCAAGACCUCCUGCGACGCCAUCAAAGCUGCCCUGGAGGCACGGAAAUAG